AUGUCCUCAUUCUCUCCCCAACUACAAGGCAAACAUGCCCUCGUAACUGGAGGCACAAAAGGCAUCGGCAAAGCCAUAGUCGAACUCCUCCUCAACCAAGGCGCCAACGUCUCCUACUGCGCCCGAACACCCACCACCGACUUCACCUCCCAAAAUAAUCCCAACAUCGGCACCCCGUCCUUCACCGCAGUAGACAUCUCAUCCCCCUCCUCCGUAAAAACCUGGGUCGAAAACGCAGCCCUCCAAUUCAAUCGCAUCGACAUCGUCAUCGCAAACGCCGCAUCAUUCAACACCGAAGCAACCCCCGAAGCCUGGCAAAGCAGCUUCACCGCCGACAUCCUCAGCCUAAUCACCCUCAUCGACACCUCAACACCCCAUCUAGCCAAAACAUCAGGCUCAAUCGUCGUCAUAAGUUCAGCAGCCGGCUUCGAAGCCCGCCACCACACCAUCGCAAGCCCAUACACGACAUUCAAGCGCGCACAGGCGACGCUCGCAAAAGACUAUGCGCGGAAGUUGGGACCGCUUGGCGUUCGGAUUAAUUGUGUGGUUCCGGGGGCCAUUGAGACGCCUGGACUGGUGUUGGGGGAUGGAUCUCGGGGGGAGAGUCGGUUUGAGAGGAUGAGGAGGGUGAAUCCGGAGUUUUUGAGGGGGAUUUUGGAUUCGGUUGCUGUGAGGAGGUUUGGGACGGUGGAGGAGGUGGCGAGUGUGGUUGUGUUUUUGGCGAGUCCGUUGGCUGGGUUUGUGUGCGGUGCGAAUGUGGUUGUUGAUGGGGGGAUGUCUACGUUUUUGUGA